UUGUUCGUGGGCAGUGUUCACUGUUCAUUCAGUGUUCACCCUUGAGCUCUCGCUCAAUCCUCAGUGAGUGAGAUUCAGUCACUUAGACGGACCAUACGGAGUCCGAGGAUCGAGUGUCGAACGCCAAGGAUAUCCCUCUCUGUGGCUCUGGAAAUUCGGGGACGAACCGGCCAGUCAGCCCUCUCCGCUCUCUCCGCCCUCUCUAGCCACCUCAAGGGGCGUUUCAUAUUUGUGUGCAUAUGUGGUUUUCGCUCUGGCUGGUUGAUUCUGACGCGUCGCCUCCGUUCUUAGCCACCCGUUCAUAAUGGCGGCUCCACCCGUGCCCGUGCCCACUAUGGAGGUCACCGAUGAAACGGGUCGAUGUGCAUCCAUUCAAUUCGAUGACCAAUCGCCGCUGUUGGCAGAAGACCUCGACCACGACGACUUUGACGAGGAUGGUGAGGAGAUAGCCCACUUGGUGACGCCCUUCGUCGGCCUGAAUCGCACCUUGGGCACCUUUGCGGGCGUGUUCUGCCCCGUAUCCUUGUCCAUGUUCAGUACCCUGCUGUUUCUUCGCGUGGGUUACAUCGUGGGCAAUGCCGGCUUGCUGGUGUCCUUGGGCUCGUUGGCCUUGUCUUACGGCAUUUUGUGCUUGACGGUGCUGUCGAUAUCGGCCAUUGCCAGCAAUGGCGCCUUGGAGGCCGGUGGCGUGUAUUUCAUGAUCAGUCGCACCUUGGGCGCGGAAUUAGGCGGGGCGGUGGGCGUUUUGUUCUUUUGGGCCAAUGUCUUCGCUAGUGCUCUCUACGCCACCGGAUGUGUGGAGGGAUUGGUCAACAACUUCACCAAAUUUGGCGUGUGGCAAAAACAUUUCCUCUCGGAGAAGUGGUUCGAUUAUAUGAUCACGUCGUUGAUCAAUGGCGUCAAUCUCUUGAUUUGCAUGGUGGGCGCCCACAUGUUCGGGCGCACCAGCGGUGUCCUGCUCUUGGUCGUGGUGAUCGCCACCCUGCUCACCAUCGGCAGUUAUGUCACGCCCUUCGCCCAGGACUUCCAAUACAACCGCACUGUCUGUGAAACGAACUGCACGCCCGAGGUCUUCAAUGGAUCGUUUUCCGGGCUUGUGUCUCAGCCCUGGUCGGAUAUCGUCGAGUUAACCAACCAAAAUUUAAUGCCCGCCUUUCAAGCCGAUUGUGAAGACUCCCAGGCCGAGGUCUCUUUUAGCACGGUGUUCGCUGUCCUUUUUUCCGGCGUGACCGGCAUCAUGGCGGGCGCGAACAUGUCGGGUGACCUGAAGAAGCCGGCCCGCAGUAUUCCCUAUGGGACGCUGAGUGCUUGCGCUUUCACGGGAUCGAUCUACACGAUCGUCUUCAUUUUGACGGCCAUGACUUGCGACCGAGGGCUCCUCUACUACGACUGCCAGUUCAUGUCCGAAUUCGUCUUUUUCAAGCCCAUCGUGGCCAUUGGCACCGUCGUCACCACGUUCUGUGCCAGUACCAGCAGCCUCAUUGGGGCUAGUCGGGUUCUCUACGCUUUGGGUAAGGACUCGCUCUUCGGAGCGCACCUCAGUCCGUGGCUGACGAAGACGAUGAUGGGUGGGAAUCCGUAUUUGGCCGUGAUUUUCACAUACAUCUGCGUCCAACUGAUUUUAUUGGUGGGCUCAUUGAACCAAAUCGCUAAGCUGUGCUCGCUUUUGUUCCUACUCUCGUACAUGGUGGUUAACUUAGCCUGUCUUGGACUUGAAUGGGCCAAACCACCGAGUUUCAGACCCUCGUUCGACUACUUCCACGUAGGGACUUGCAUCAUUGGAGCCGUGUCUUCGGGUGGCAUGAUGUUCGCUCUUAGCCUGAACUUCAGCUUAGUAUGUAUUGUUUUAUUGGUCUUUAUUAUGGUGCUCUUUCACAUAUUUCGCACCAACCAAAACGAUUGGGGAUCGUUGAGCCAGGGCAUCAUAUUUCACACCGUCCGCAAGUACUUGUUGCUCUUGCAUCCCAACAAGCGUCAUGUGAAAUAUUGGCGACCCCAUAUUCUGCUCCUGGUGGGCAAUGUGCGAAAGUCUUGUGCUCUGAUGGACUUCACCAAUGCCAUGAAGAAGUCGGGCAUGUAUUUCAUCGGUCACGUGGUGAUGGGCGAUAUCAACAUGAUCGCCAAAGAUCCCGUGAUGGGUGAAAUGUCUCGGUACCAAAGUGUGAUUGAUAAGCUCAAGAUCAAGGCUUUUGUGGAAGUGACGUUGGCCAAGACCCUCCGCGAAGGCAUCCAGAACCUGAUCUGCCUGGCAGGCUUGGGUGUGAUGAAGCCCAAUACGAUUAUGAUGGGCUUCCCCAGGACUCAAGAUGAUGAAAUCGACGAAUUGAAGAACUCUCAAUUCGCUGACCGGGAAUUGGAUGAUCUUUUUCCUGCCCUUCAAGCUCCUGAUGAGCGGUCAAGUGCCCCCACAGCCUCCGAGUAUCUGUCCAUUGUGGGCGAUGUGAUCAAGUUGGGAAAAAAUCUGUGUAUAUAUCGGCAUUUUCAACAGCUCAAUCAUAGCAGUUUGUUUCCCCGCAAUCGCCUCGGACGAACCACUCGGCCCACUGAACCGAUUCAUAUGGAUGUGUGGCUAGUGGAUUUCUUCUCGGGCCCUAACACCACAUUAGCCACCAAUUGCACCACUUUCAUCCUUACCAUGGCUAGUUUGGUCACUCGAGUGUCUCGGUGGAAGCAUUUGACGUUGAGGGUCCUGAUCCGAAGCCCUCAAGAUGAGGCGGCGGCCGUGGAGCUCUCCGACAAACUUGACCUUCUUUUGACCAACAUUCGAAUCAACACCAAACGCGUUCGCAAAGAUCUCAACAUCUCGCAAACUGAAGCCGGGGGACAGUUACCCUCUCGUCUGAGAGAAGGAAAAGCCGCAUUUGAUAUUUUGUCCAUCUCGGAUGACUACAUGAAGGCUAUGAAUGAGCGGAUAGUGUCGUCUAGUAUCCACUCGGCAGUAACGAUCAUCAGUCUAAAUCGACCACCGUAUCGAAAUCGAAGCCCGGAGGUGGAUCAGGCCUACAUGAGAUUGCUUCAGAUCCUCACCAAAGACCUUCCUCCCACUCUACUGAUUUACGGAAUUGACAAUGUCAUAUCCAAUUAGUGCUCAUUUUACUUUUGUUUUGAAAGCCUUGAUUUUAUUCCUAUAUAUAUAUUCUGAUGUAUUCCAAUUGUACAUCGCAUUGAAAGAUCUGUUCAAAUGAAUUUGUGAUACGAGUAUGCUCAUGAUGAAUUCUCUUGUGAUUUCGUACUUGAUAUAUUUUUUUCUUCACAUGUCAGAACCCAGAAUGUUAAGUAACCCAAUUGUGUGCUUUCUCCAAUAAUCUGUCUUGUCAAUAAAACAAAGUAUUGGAAAUAAAUUUUCUCUUUGAUCGCUUAAGCCAAAA